UGCCCCAUCUCUUUAAGGCUUUGUAGAGCUCAGAGCUUAGAUCUUCCAUAUGUACUCUUCUUCAGCCUGACCAUGCAACACACAAACCACAGCCAUCAGAACCCAAGCUCCUUCCUGCUCAUGGGGAUUCCUGGCCUGGAGGCAUCCCACUUUUGGAUUGCAUUUCCUUUCUGCUCCAUGUAUGCCCUGGCAGUUCUUGGCAACAUGGCAGUCCUGUUGGUGGUGCGCUCUGAGCCUUCACUGCACCAGCCCAUGUACCUGUUCCUGUGCAUGCUGUCCACUAUUGACCUGAUACUCUGCACCUCCACUGUCCCCAAGCUCCUCGCACUCUUUUGGGCAGAUGCAGCUGAGAUUGCCUUUGGAGCCUGUGCUACCCAGAUGUUCUUUAUCCAUGGUUUCUCGGCUGUAGAAUCCGGUAUCCUGCUAUCAAUGGCCUUUGAUCGCUACUUGGCCAUCUGCCGGCCAUUGCACUAUGGGUCAUUGCUGUCCUCAGAGUCUGUGAGCAAGUUAGGAGCUGCUGCUCUGCUCCGUGGCCUGGGGCUCAUGACCCCACUUACUUGCCUACUGGCAAGGCUGAGCUACUGUGGCCGUGUGAUAGCACACUCCUACUGUGAGCACAUGGCUGUGGUGAAGCUGGCUUGUGGGGGCACACAACCAAACAACAUAUAUGGCAUCACGGCAGCCACACUGGUGGUAGGAACUGACUCCAUUUGUAUUGCCGUAUCCUAUGCACUCAUCCUCCGGGCUGUGUUGGGCCUCUCCUCCAAAGAGGCCAGGGCAAAGACCUUUGGCACUUGUGGCUCCCACCUGGGUGUCAUCCUUCUCUUCUACACACCAGGGCUCUUCUCAUUCUAUACCCAGCGCUUUGGUCAACAUGUACCCAGGCACGUCCACAUCCUCCUGGCUGACCUCUACCUCGUUGUACCGCCCAUGCUCAACCCCAUCAUCUAUGGGAUGAAAACCAAACAGAUCCGAGAUGGAGCGCUCCGACUACUCAAGAGGGGUCCUGCCCAAUCAUAGUGAUUCAAGCAGACCUAUGCAGGUUUUCUCAGACCCUGUGCUGGUUUUCUCCAGACCUUGAGUGAUGUUUACAUAGAUUUCUA